AUGAAUACUGAGACAGAUACUCUCCUACCACAUCACCAUCACCAUCAACCACAGAAUGAUCAGCAGAACAACAAUGAUCACAACGACCAAAAGAUGGGAUAUGGCGGAAUCAUUUCCCGAGUCCCACCAACUAUCAUAGAGGAUGACGUCUCAUCCAGCAGUACCAAUAGCUCUCAAGAAGUCACAGUUACAGUUGCAGUCACUGCACAAACCCGACAAGGACGCUUACUAUUGGCCAUGACUCUCCUACUUCUCUACAUUGGUUUGGUGAUAUCCCUACUCGCUGCCAACAAUUUCAAUCAGGAAACCGUCAUUGAACGAUUCUACUUUCUUCCAUUUCACAUGUACGAGUUUUGGGGAUCCGUUUACUUUGCCUUGGUCGAAGGUUAUAUCUUGUUGGUGGCAGAUGAUUCGUUUUUCACCAUGGAUCCAUCCAGUCAAUCCACCUUGAUUCACAUGCUCAGCAUCAAUGUGGUCAGUACCAUGACCGCUGCGUCCUUAUUUACAUUGAAUCCAGCCAUUUUUGAGGUGACCGCCCAUUACAUUGAAUAUUCAUCCCAACUGACCGUCACAUUGAUUGAUGCCUAUUUCAUGUUCCUACCGAGAAAUGGAUCAAAAGAGUUGCGGGAUCGACGUAAGAUGGGCGACAACGUACCUGUUUCGGUCCAACAGGGAUACUUUGGUCUAUUGCUCCUAGCAGAUUUGGCCAAGUUUGCCCUGUACGCUGGAUUCAUCCCCACGGCGAUUAGCAAGGAACGAUCCUCUCAUUACGUCGAGUUUACAGUGGAAAUCCUCAACAGUCUAUGGGCCUUUAUGUACAUUAAAGAUCUCUACCUGCAAUCCUUGCAAUCCUCGUCGUGGCAGAAGAAUGGUAAUAACAGCAACAGCAACAGCAGCAGCAACAACAACAACAACAAGGGAGGAGGAGUGCUCAUUCAGUAG